AUGCGCAGGCCAGACGGCAGCCGUGAGGAUCGGGACCGAGCACCGGAAGCUGCAAUCGAGGUCGAGCAGAGUUGGAGGUCGCAAGGUGAGGUCGCGCAGCAACGAGGCAUGCGAGCAGCGCAGCGCAAAGCAGAGCAGUGCAGUGCAGCGGCGGGCUUGGCGGACGUUGGAGCCAGCGACUCCGGCGGCGGCGGCAAAAACUUUUUGAGACGGGGCUCGGCGUGGAGACCCGACGAGCUCGAGCCGGGCUAUGCGACCCCUUUCCGCGGCAGGGGAGAGCGAGGCAAGAUGCGGCUGCUGCACGGCAGACCGGUGAGAGAAGAAGAGAAGAUCAGAAGGCGAGAGCAGCAAAAAGGCGCAAGGGGUGGAGGAGUCAGAGGUUCCGUCAGCCAGAUGCUGGGAACGGUGCCUUACCUAGUCGUCGACUUAAGCUCAGCCAGGGCGGCGAUGCUCGUGGGAUCGAUUUCGUAA